GUCCUGGGACUCGGAGACCUAGAAGGAAGCCUUUGCCGGCUGCGCUGGGUCUUCACAAAAGUGGGCAGCGGAUCUGGGGGCUCCGCGGCUUGGAUUUCCACUUCAGCCGCAGAUAGCGAAGCCGCACAGCGACUGUUGGGCUGCUCUUGGGUAGAGGAGCGUUUGUUUGGGGAGCGUGUCCAGCCUUGAGGCAAAGAUAGGGUCUCCUGGAGCCUCACGCUUUGAGAAGCAGGACUCCCAUCGGUGGGCUGGAAACCCAAGGGCGAGGAAGAUGACGGAGUCCCAGGUGAAAAGGCUGGCAGUGACUCUGAUGGAUGCCACCACGGACAAGGACCCGCUGGUCCACGAGCAGAUCUUCAGCGCUCUGUGCUACCUGGGGGAAGCAGAACCCGAAGAGGUCCUGAACGCCUGUGAGGAAUACCUGCGGCAGCAUGACAAGCUGGCGUACCCGCACCGCGUCAUCAUCCUGAGGGCCAUGGAGGCCGUGGUGAGGAGCAGCCUCUCGCAGAUGGACCAGAGCACGGCCAAGAUCGUCAUCUUCGUGGCGUCCAACGAGAUGACCAAGUCCAAGGACGUCGUCUCGGAGUGGCAGCAGGCGGCCAGCAACGUCCUGGUGGCGGUCGGGAGGCGCUUCGUCAACAAGGUGAUGGAGGAGGUGCUGACCAAGUUCCAGCCGGGCGUCCUGCCCCACUACUUUGUCGUCCGGACUUUUGCCAACCUCUCUGUGGCAAACGUCUUUGGGAUGGUGCCCUUCCUCACCUCCAUCCUGGGAACGAUGCUGCCCAUGCUGGGGAUGGCCAAGCAGGACCACAUGAGAGUCGUCUUCUGCUUCGCCUUGCAGAACUUCAGCGAGAGCAUCCAGGAGUACCUGGCCAAUCUGGACCAGGCCCCGGACCCGACGGUGAGGCGGGACACCUUCUCCCAGGAGGUCUUCAGUGCCUACGAAGUGCUCUUCAGCAGCUGGCUCCACAGCCGGGAGGCCAAGCUGAGGCUGGCCGUGGUGGAGGCGCUGGGCCCCAUGAGCCACCUCUUGCCCAGCGAGAAGCUGGAGGAGCAGCUCCCUCGCCUCGUCCCGGGCAUGCUGGGCCUGUACAAGCGGCCGGCCGAGGCCUACUACGUCUCCAAGAGCUUGUGCCAGAUCCUGGAGGCCUCCGUCAACAUCGGGAGCCGCACGCUGGACACCCAGCUGGACGCCCUCCUCAACGCCCUGCAGCUCCAGAUCAGCGCCCCCCCGGACUCCUCCGCGCCCGUCCAGCUGAAGAACCACAAUGAAGUCCUCCGGUGCUUCACGGUGCUGGCCGCCUCCUUCCCGGACCGCCUGCUGGGGUUCCUGCUUCCGCGGCUGGAGUCAAGCAGCGAGAGGACGCGGGUGGGCACCCUCACCAUCCUGCGGCAGAUCAUCAACAGUGCCCCCUCGCAGAUGGAGAUCAAGAAGCCCUUCAUCCUGUCCUCCAUGAAGCUGCCUUUGCAGGACAACAGCAACAAGGUGAAGCGGGCCAUGGUUCAGGUGAUCAGCGCGAUGGCCCACCACGGGUACCUGGAGCAGCCGGGUGGGGAGGCCAUGAUCGAGUUCCUGGUCCGGCAGUGUGCCCUUCCGGCUGAGCAGUCUUCUCAGCCGCCCCGACGGCACUCCCUGGAAACGGAGGACCUGACGGACGGCCAAGUCAGGGACAUCAGCGUCAACACACUCUUCCUCAUCAGCACCACCGUCGACAGAAUGAACGAGGUCCUGUGGCCUUACCUCCUGGAGUUUGUGACCCCCGUGCACCUGAGCGGUGCCCUGGCCCCGCUCUGCAGGAGCCUCGUCCACCUGGCGGUGAAGAAGCAAGAGGAGGGGCAGAAGGACUUCCAGCUCCACUGUGACACCAACGCAAAUCUCCCGUCCCCGUGUGCUCUGAUGUCCAGGCUGCUGGUUGUAGCUUCCCACCCGUUGGGGGCUGUUGGCUUUGGGUCCUCGCUGGGGAGGAAGGCGGGAUCUGAUUUAAGCAGCCAAGUCCCCUGGAAGCGCCCGACAAACACAAAGGCCUCCCUGUGCCUGGAGGAGUGGGACGACACGCUGCUGAAGUUCCUUCAGCAGACCCUGGCGACCGUUUCGGACUCCUCUUGGACGUGUCAGCUGAUCUUGGAAAUGUGCCGGCAGCUGAGCAGCUACAACGGCUCCUUUGCGGAGAAGAACUUCCUGUACAAAUGUGUCGGGACUGCCUUGGCUGCGUGUGCAAACAGGGAUCGGGUGCGGAAGGUGCUUCAGGAGCUCCUGGAAACUGCCAGAUACCAGGAGGAGGCCGAGCGGGAGGGACUGGCCUGCUGUUUGGGCCUGUGUGCCGUCACCUACCUGGACGAGACCCUGGCCACGCUGGAGGUGUUUGUGAAGUCGGAUGUCUUCCGGAAGUCCACGGGCCUCUUCAGUAUCUUCAAGGAUCGCAGCGACAACGAAGUGGAGAAGGUGAAGAGCACCCUCAUCCUGUGCUACGGCUACGUGGCCCGGUACGCCCCCCACGAGCUGGUGCUGGCCCGGAUAGACGCCGACAUUCUCCGGAACAUCUUCCUCUACUUCAACACCAAGGUUCUGGGCAUAAAGGUAGAGACGAAGGACCUGUCGCUGAAGCUGUGCCUCAUCCAGAGCAUCUGCAUGGUCUGCCAGGCGAUCUGCAACAGCGCCCAGUCCGGGGACUUCACCUUCUCCCACAAGGCUGAGCUGGUGGCGCAGAUGAUGGACUUCAUCAAGGCGGAAGCUCCCGACUCCUUGAGGACUCCCGUCCGCCAGAGAGCCAUGGCUACCUGCGUGUACCUGGUCUUCCUGGAGCCCCCCCUGAGUGAUGCGGAGACGGCCGAGCUGCUGGACACCUGCCUGGGCAGCGUGCUCGCCCUCCCUGAGGCAGAAGCCCUGAGGGAGAAGGACAGGCCGGGCCCAGAGGCCAGGCCGAAGGAGACUCUCUGGAGAGAGACCCUCGGGGCCCUCGAGGACCUGCUGAAGGGCAUCCUGCAAAGGCGCAUGACCCCCCCGGGGCUGCAGACCCUCUUUGAGCAUCUGGGCCCCUGGAUCAGGUCCACCAAGGAGCACGAGCGGGAGCGGGCCGUGGAGGUGGCCGCCGUCGUCCUGGAGUUCUACCGGGAGAAGCUGAACGUCAGUACGGUGGUCCCUUUCUACAACCUUGGCCUCCUGAUGGCGCUCUUCUCUCCCCGCUGCACGGACUCCCUGGCCAGCAUCCGCUGGCGUGCGGUCGACUGCGUCUACGCCCUCCUCUACAUCCAGCUGUGCUACGAAGGGUUUUCUCGGGACCACCGAGACGAGUCUGUGGAGAGGCUGACCGCCCUGAAGCCCGGCCUACGGGACCCAGAUGUCAACGUCCUCUUCCAGGCCUGCUGCAGCAUCGCCAAGGUCAUUGCCAAGCGCCUGCCCCCCGACCAGCUGCUGAGCCUCCUGCUCUCCAUGCUGGAGGGGCUGGCGGAUCCCGACCGGAACUGCUCCCGUGCGGCCGCCGUGAUGAUCAACUCCCUCUUGAAGGAGCGGGGUGCCGUCCUGCUGGAGAAGGUGCCCGAGAUCCUGGGGGUGGUGCACGCCAAGCUGUAUGAGGUGGAUGAGGAGCACGUGCAGAAGGCUGCCCAGCAGACCGUCUACAUCCUGGCCUCCCAGCACAAGGCCGCCGUCGUCUCCAGCCUCCUGGCCAACCCCCUGCCGCUGGACAGCUGCACGAGCACCAUGUGGCGGGCGCUGGCUCCGGACUCCGCCCUGGCCUCCCAGGUCAUGGAGCUGCUGCUGGAGAAGAUCAACCGGGACGUCCCCUACAAGGAGAACAAGUCCUUCCUCCGGGGGAGCAGCGCCGAGCGCGUGGCCACCCUCCUCCCCCUCGCCGCCACGUGUGCUCUGCAUGAGCUCAUGUCUGUCCCGGAGUCCGGGUCGGCCAUCGUGGGCCUCUACGCCGAGCUCUUUGUGACUCUGCUGCUGCGGGUCAGUUGCACGGUGGGCGUCCAGUUGCCCAAGCACCUGCCGUCCAGGGAGAGGAAGAGCCUGGCCCGACCAGAUGGCCACGAGAGCCUCUUGCCCGGUCCGGUGCCCGGUCUGUCCAGUGGCCCGGAGGCGAGGGCGGGCUCCUCUGGCUGCUGCUUCAGGCCCUCCCGGAAUCACCAGAGGCCUGGGAAGGAGGUGCCUGUGAAGAACGUCGCUGCCUCGUCGCCCCAAGCGGUGUGCCGGGCGGAUCCCGGCUCCUUCGCAGGCCUCUCGGCGGUGGAGACCUUGAAGGCCAUGCUGACCCAGGGGGGCAGUGGGACCGUGGCCAAGGCCGUGGCCGAUGCUGGUGGCUGGGAGCUCCUGCGCAGCAUGGAGAGGCACCACGAAGGCGUGGCUGUGCUGGCCAGCUCCAUGGCAAAGUACGCCGGGCCCAAGCUGUCCCCAAUCGUCAAGAGCCUCGCGCCCAUGCUGAACAGCAUCUACGACAGCCAGCGGGUCACCACCACGGCCUUCUUCGCAGAGCUCCUCAAGAGCAACGUGGUCAAUGACUUGGUCCUCUUGGAAUCCAUGAUGGACAACAUGACGGCCCGCCAGAGGGACCCUUGCGCAGCCGUGCGCAUGCUUGCCCUGCGGGGGCUCGGCAACAUGGCCUUGGGCUCUCCAGGAAAGGGGAGGCAGCACGGCACCCAGCUGCUGGCCUCCAUGGUCGACGGGAUGGACGACAAGGACGACCCCCACAACGCGGUGGCCCUGGAAGCCAUGUCCAGCCUCUCCCGCCUCCUGGCCUUCACGGAGGGGAGGGACGUCCGCUCCAUGCUGCUCCACAUCGCCAUCCGCAUACGGCCCUUCUUUGACAACGAGAAACCGGAGCUCCGCCAGUCUUCCAUUGUCCUCUUUGGGAACCUGACCAAGUUCAGCGCCGGGAGCUGUGAGGACGCCUUCUUCGAGCAGAUCCUGAAUGGCCUCGUGACUCUCCUGCUCCACCUGCAGGACCCGAAGCCGGAGGUUGUCAAGGCCUGCAAGUUUGCCCUGCGCAUGUGCGGCCCCAGCAUGGGCUGCCCCAUGCUCUGCGACAUGUUCCAGAACCACCUCCACGAGGACCGUGGCCUCCAUUAUGGCGAAUUCAUGAACGACGUCUGCAAGCACCUGAUGCAGAAUUACCCGGACACGCUGAGCCGCCUGAUAGCCACCAACCUCUUCUACUUCAAGAGCAACUGGGCCGACAUCCGGGCUGCUGCCCCCAUGUUUGUGGGCUUCCUGGUCCUGCAUGUUGACCGAGGGCACUGCCAGCAGCUGGACGUGGAGGAACUCCUGGCAGGUGAGAAGAGGGGAAACCUGCCCCUGUUCCAGGAGGAGGAGGAGGAGAGGGAGCCGGUGAAGUCACUCACUUUCCUGGAUUUCAGGGCUGUUUUCCUUGUCAGCAGUGACCUCAUCGCUUAG